AUGUUUGCUCGCGUCGCCCGAACGGCCGGCCCGUUGAGACAGGGAAUCAGGAAAUACUCAUCCGAGGCACCCAAGCCUUCUUCCCAGGCACCGCUGUUCGCUGGUCUCGCCGUGGCUGCUGGUGCAGGAUACUACUACUGGCAAUUGCAACAGACUCCUGCAGCGAUCAUUAAGAAGGACCGCAAGCCAGCGUUCACGGGCGGCGACCAGGGAUGGAUCGACCUAAAGCUCGCAUCCGUGGAGGACGUGAGCCAUAACGUGAAGAAGCUGAGAUUCGCUCUCCCAGACGGCGAGAACGUCUCCGGGCUUCAUGUUGCCUCCGCGCUGUUGACCAAGUUCAAGGGACCGGAUGAUGCUAAGCCUACCAUCCGACCGUACACGCCCGUCAGCGACGAGGAGGAGCCCGGCCACCUGGACCUGCUGGUGAAGAAGUACCCUAACGGGCCGAUGUCGACGCACAUCCACGACCUGUCCGUCGGCGAGCCACUGUCCUUCAAGGGCCCUAUCCCGAAAUACCAGUGGGAGGCCAACAAGCACAGCCACGUCUGCAUGGUCGCCGGUGGCACGGGCAUCACGCCCAUGUACCAGCUCAUCCGCAAGAUCUUCAGCGACCCCGCCGACAAGACCCAGGUGACGCUGAUUUACGGUAACGUGGGCGAGGAGGACAUCCUGCUCCGCCGUGAGCUCGAGGAGCUGGAGAACACGCAUCCUCGCCGUUUCAAGGCCCUGUACCUGCUCGACAAGCCACCGGCGGAGGGCUGGGCCGGCGGCAAGGGCUACGUGACCAAGGAGCUGGUGAAGAUGGCCUUCCCUGAGCCAAAGACCGAAGGCGUGAAGGUGUUUGUGUGUGGGCCGCCGGGGAUGUACAAGGCCGUCAGCGGCGGGAAGGUGAGCCCCAAGGACCAGGGCGAGCUGACUGGUAUCCUUAAGGAUCUUGGAUACACCAAGGAGCAAGUGUAUAAAUUUUAG